CGACCCAUGGCUGCCGCCGCCGCCGCCGUUGCAAGCCAGAGCAGCCCGAGCCCCCGCCGCGCCAGGAUCCCCCGCGGAGCGGGCCCCGGGGCCACGUGGCCGCGCCGGGAUUAGAACUCGCCUCUCCUCGGCCAGGCUCCUCCCUCCCUCCCCCUCCUCCCUGUCCAUCCCCCCGCCGCGCCACCGCUGUGUGCUCGCCAGCGGGCUCAGGUCCUCCUCGGCUCUGCUACGAGCCCGCGUCCGGGCUGCUGCACGGCGCCGCGCCGACGGUAGGCAAGGUCCCCGGUGCUCCCCCCAGGCACCAUGGACUGGAAGACAUUCCAGGCCCUUCUGAGUGGUGUGAACAAGUAUUCCACAGCGUUUGGGCGCAUCUGGCUGUCGGUGGUGUUCGUCUUUCGGGUCCUAGUAUACGUGGUGGCUGCAGAGCGUGUGUGGGGUGACGAGCAGAAAGACUUUGACUGCAACACCAGGCAGCCAGGCUGCACCAAUGUAUGCUAUGAUGACUUCUUCCCAAUCUCCAACAUCCGCCUCUGGGCCCUGCAGCUGAUCUUUGUCACGUGCCCCUCGUUGCUGGUUAUUCUGCACGUGGCCUACCGAGAGGAGCGGGAGCGGAAACACCGUCAGAAGUACGGUGAGCAGUGCACCAAGCUGUACAGCAACACAGGCAAAAAGCAUGGUGGCCUGUGGUGGACAUACCUGUUCAGCCUCGUCUUCAAGCUCAUCAUCGAAUUGCUUUUCCUCUAUGUGCUGCACACUCUCUGGCAUGGCUUUGGCAUGCCGCGCCUGGUGCAGUGUGCCGGCGUGGCACCCUGCCCCAACACCGUGGACUGCUACAUUGCACGUCCCACUGAAAAGAAGAUCUUCACCUACUUCAUGGUGGGCGCCUCAGCUGUCUGCAUCGUGCUCACCAUCUGCGAGAUCUGCUACCUCAUCUUCCACAGGAUCAUGCGAGGCCUGGGCAAGGGCAAGGUUCCAAAGGGCCACAGCACCUCCUCCUCCACCUGCCGCUGCCACCACAAGCUGGUGGAAGCCGGGGAGGUGGGUCCCGACCUAGGCGAUGCCAAGCUGGAGGCUUCGGCACCCAAGCUGACCCCGAUCUGAUCCCGGGCUGGGAAGCUGGUGGAGAGGAGUUGCAGGACAGAGGGCUGGUGGCCCUCACUUUGAAUUCACUAAGCUAUCCAGUUUCAUUUGUGCAGAUAUCUCCAGAGCUGAGUACUCUGCUGUCUGCCUGGGUGUAGGUAACACAGAAGGCCCAGUGCUUGCUCAAGGAAGAGACAGAAUUUAAAUAAGUAAAGUAACUGUGCCUGCGCGUGUUUGCUUGGCUGUUGCUCGGGGGCUUCUCCCCAGCCCCAGAGGAUGAUGGGCCAGGCUUCCCUGAGAAAAAUGCUUGAGAGAUAAGAAGUGCUUACCUGCUGACAUAGCAGCAGCAGAGGGCCUGGGGCCACCUCCAGCACCAGGAGACCUCAGUGAGUGUGGAGGGAGGCAGCGGCUCUGGGGACCCAAGCCCCAUUCAAGACACCCAGGGAUCCUCUGGGUCACAACUUCCCUCAGUGACAGCUUCCCUCCCCCAGAUGCGAUUCCCCCAACCUCAGGCAGUGGUGCUUCAAUGUUCCUCCCCACCUAUGUGCUUGACCUGGUGUCCCCUGUUGCCAGGAACUUGGUGGGAUGUGCCUUUCGAAUCCCCCAAUGACGGUUUCCUUGAAAUCAAUAAAGCUAUGUUUUAUACA